AUGAAUAUGCGCCCUUCUGAUUUAUCGCCAAGAUUUCAAUUGGCAUUUCGAAGAUGUUUAUUUUACACAUUUGCAUUAGUUGUUUGGUUAUUGAUUGGAAUGAUUGUUUUUCCAGCAAUUUGUACUGUAUCUAGAAGACAGGUAUUAUGUUUUUUCUAUUAAAAGUAGUUUCAGAUGAAAAAUUAAUUAAAUUUUCUGAAACUGGUAGGAGAAAAUAAAAACUGUUUAUACAGAAAAAAGAUAAUUGUUAAUUUUAUAGAAGGGAGUAUCGUUUUUUGGGAAUUUUCAAUACACGUUUUCACAGAGCAAAUCUGAAAAACAUUUUCUUUUUUCAAUGAAAAUUUGAAAUUGUCAAAUUAAAAUUUCAAACAUUUAUCUAUAUAUCGUGGCUAGGAAAAAUUAAUAAUGAUCUUGAAAUUUUAAAAAUCACGUCUUUCGUCAUUUUUGAGAUUGGUUUGUUGAUAUGAUUUGUUUAAUGUUUCUAAAAACUGUCAUAGUUCAUGAAAUCCGAUUUUUUAGAAUAAUCUUUCGUGAAACAUGAAACCUUUGGAAUUAUUUUUAAACUUUAAAACCACAAAUAUUCAUUUGUUCCUCCAAAUUUCUCUUACAAAACACUUUUCCUGAAUCAUAAUCCACAAAUGCCUUAUUCUACUCGAUACAUCUGAAAUUUCCCACAGCGAAAAGUGCACAAGUCUAAAAGUCACUAUUACAACAAACAGCAAAAAAGUGAGACAUAAAUAAAUAAGUAAAAUUUCUGAACAUAACCUACACAGACAGCUGUUAUGAAAAAAACUAGGUGGCAAAGUCACAAAGAAAUUUAUUUUCAGGAUGACAAUCAUGCUAGCUUAUUCCGAUUAGAUGCCAAACGUUCCGAUUUAUUGAAUGUUUUGUGGGCUGAAACAAUCACAAAUGGUGAAGAUGAUUGGUCCGAAUUAGCCGAUCAAAAAUUGGAAUUAUACGAAAAAGCACUCUUACAACAUUAUGGUAUUAAUCUUGAUCAUGUUGACAAAACAUUUGCUUCUGGACUCCAAAAAUCUUUUGCAAUUUCUACAACUAUCGGUUAGUCAGAUUCAAUUUCUUUGAAAAUUCCUAAUAAAAACACCCAUUUUUUUCAGGACCAUUGGAUGUUGACGAUUUCACAACAUUAGGAAAAUUCGUAGCAGUUUUAUACGCGCUUAUUGGAACGCCAUUAUUUCUGACAGUCAUUGGACAACUUGGAAAAAUGGUUACUUCUGUAUGGCAAGGUUCGACACUUUGGAUUGUGACGAUUGUUUAUAUUUUCAUUUCGGCCAUUAUAUAUGAUAUUGUUGAAGGUGGAUCUGAUGAUGUGGUAAGAAUUUUUUUUUGAGGAUUUGGAAAUUUUGAAAAAAUAAUGUUCACAAAAAAUUACAUUUUUCAUCAGGAUUUAGCCAUAUUAAUUUAUUUCGAAAAAAAAAACAUUUUUGAAAAGUGUAUAAAAGUCUAAAAUCUAACAGAAUUUGGAUAGUUUUCUAAUGAAGAAAUAUUGAAAUAAUUCGACUUUCCAGCCCUUCAUUGAAGCAAUUUUCUCAAUCUUUCUGCAAUUCACAACAGUUGGAGAAGUCGACAAUGAAUUCCAGUAAGUUUAUAUAAUUCCCCAUCUCUUCUGAAUUAUCCAAAUUUUUAGCGGAGUGUUGCCAUAUUGCGUAGUUGUGCUAGGUCUUGCUUUGAUAACAGCACUUUAUCAAGAAAUGCAACACAAUAUCGAGCGAUUUAUCCAUCCAUUUGAAUAUUCUUUCAAUAGGUGAGAUCUUCAAGUAAAGCAAGUUCAACUAGAAACUUCCGCAUUUUCAGACUUUGUGGAAGUGUUGAGCGAUGGUUAGGAGAGAAAAAUGUAGACAAGAAAAUAUCGAUAGCCUCUCCAAUCGAAGAAGAACGUGAUGGUGAAUUCAGCGAUUAUGACGAAGAAUAA